UAUCUGAAAUGGUUUACCUUCUAUGGGUGUUAACUUCUACUCCAGCUGCUAAACAUGCUUUGCACAGAGCCAUUGCUUUGGCUGUGGGUUUUGCCACGCCUGCUGGUUGGUCUGCAACAACAUGCUACCUGCUUCUUUGGCUGCCAGGUUCUUCAGGAUGAUGGGAAGUUUCCUAGGCUUAUCUCUGUGAUAGGAGUUUGGUUUCUGCAAAGUGCCGACACCUGCUUGUUGAUUGAAGAUGAUUAUGAGCUGAACUGUCUCAAAAAGCAGUGACAGUUGUUCUGACUGUGCCAUUAGGGAUCCUUGGAUUUAGGGAUUGUUUUUUAUUUAUUUUUUUUUAGCAGUACUUAAUGAAGAUACAGAAAACUAAAAAAAGAAAAAAAUGCCACAAGACAUUUUCUGAGUAUAUUUUAAAAGAGAAUUAAUCUGGGGGAAUAAACCACUUAAACUUAAGAGUUUAGAUUAUUGAGGUUUCAGUUCUGAGCUAGACACAAGGCCUGAUAAUAAAGAAGUUACUGGUUUUUCUUUUUGUUUGUUUGUUUUGUUGUUGUUGUUUUUUUAAGGGAGAAAUACACACUUCUCGCAUUAUAAAUAUGUAUCGAUAGUGCUGUUUGAAGAUUGUGACUUUUAAAAUUACAGGAAUAAUGACUUUUCAUUUUCCACAGGAUUGUAUUUGUAAUGGAUUACAAAACCAAAACUUCCUAUAUCACUGUCACUCAUAAUUAGAUUUGUUAUGUGUUGCUGUAUGGGGCUUAUAAACUGCAGGGGAAAGCUUAUGUUCUUCUCUUUAAUAGCAGUGGAGCUUUUCCAACAAAAUAAAUACUUGCAGCAACUGCUGUACAGUUUUAUUGUUGCUCCUGAUUGUCUCCUUAUGGUCAGGAAAUCCAAAAGAGCUUUAUAACGUAAAGUUACCUUGUAAGUUGAAAGAGUUGCUUAUGAAAGGAUAUAGAAGUAAAGAUGUAUAUCUUGUAGGAUUAAGAUAAGGGACCUUCUGUUUAGUUUGUUCUGAUUAAAUAAUCUUCUUUGUGUCCUCCAGUCAUUGUACUUCUUCUCACCUAGGUGUGAGUACAUGAUUCUUAUUUACGAAGGAUGUACUAGUACAUGCAGCAGCUUUAUUGUUGGCUUGUUAUAACUACAGCUGAAUUGCUUACCCAAGCAUAUGUGUAUGUACAGGUUGUGAUCCUGUCAGUAUUGCAAUGAGGAGAUAUGGUUGUGAAAGGUUUUCAGGUACCUAAAACUUUUAGUUCCAAAACUAAAAAACUUUUGAAAACAGUCAUUUUAGAAAAAAUACUUGCAUUCCUUCAUCUCUACAGUGUCAGAGGACUGGCUUUCUGGCUUUCUUUAAUCUGUCACAUUUAAUUUUAAAGUUGCAUCUAUUCUCAGAAUUGCUUCUAAACCAUAAAUAUUCGUCUUGUUUUCUCUUACAAGUGAUACAGAUCAUGUACUGGGAAAGAUGGUAACAACCUCUACUUUGCAUGUUACAGAUCUGCAGAAAAGUCUUGUAAACUCAGUUUUUCCUGCCUGUGUUUAGGCUUCCAGCUGUGAUGAGGGUGACUAUGAAAGCAGGUUGAGUGUUGUUUCAUUAGUGCUAACUAGGGAGCUGCAUUAGGCCCAGUCCCGUGGCUUUUUUUAACCUCCUUGUUUGCUCUCACACUAAACUUGUGUUUGGUAAAGCUUACCUGCAGCUUGCAAAUCACCAUGUCUGAAGACAGAAAUUUAUGGUGCAUUUCAGCAACUCAGGUCAGUGCUUCCUUAGCUGUGAACUAAGAGUGAUCACAUUGCCCAUGGUGCAUCGGCAGCCUCUGGUGUGGAAGCAGUAGUUUGCUGCAGUAGGUUUCUUCGGUCUGCUUCUUAUUCCUUAUGGCUUGUAGAAUUUUUGUUCUUCUGGUGGGCCUUUUAGUAGCUCAUGAGUUUAAAAGGAAAGAUGAAUGAUAACUCACACUGUUUUGUUAUAAAUCCAAGUGAACCAGAAUUCAGGGUUUUACUGAGCAUGAGUGGCAUGUUUGCCAUGGUUCCUCUUCAAAAAAGCAGCCUGACUUGUAUGCUCCUGUGAAUGUGUAUGUCAGCAUAAGUAACUCUGGUAACCUUCUGAUAUUCUGAUAUUUUGUUUGCAUGCUUUCAAGUAGAGAUCAGUAGUCUGCCUACUUCAUCACAGCUCUCAUCUCAUAGCCUGUGAUCAAACUGAUAGUUCAGUGCAACAUUUUUCAUCACUGCUUAUUGUUCAUCACAACAUCCAGGCUUUGAUCUGAAUUUUUGCAAAAAAAAUCAAUUGAAACUGGGUUUACUAUUGUUUUUCAUAGAAAUUAUCUUAGCUGUUGAAACUGUGAAUUGCCUUGCUUUUCUAGUUUUUCUUAAUUUCUCAUUCAGAUUUUUCAUUUUUUUCAAGGUUUGCUAGUGCUUGCAUGCAACUUUGAAAAUAUUAAGGUAGUUGGCAUUAGAGGGAAACUGUUGGAAAAUAAGCUCUUCAAAAAGCAGAGCUGAUGAGGCCAACUCUUUGCCAGAAGUUCUUUAUCUUUCUCCUCCUUCCCUCUGCAGUGCCUCCCCUGUCCUCUACUUCUCUAGAUUGGCAUGUGCCAAGGCUGAGGUUGGAGCAGUGCUCUGAGUGGCUGCUACCUUUGGGAGUGGUUAAGAUCCUAGCUUUCUGUUCUCUGUGCUCUGUGAGUACACAGACUUCAGCACAGAAACAAUGGUGUUGGACCACUGAAGUGAACUGAGAUGUUGAAGGCUUGAACAUUAGCACUCUAAUGAGAAGUACCAUGAGAUAUUUUGCCUAGAGGCUAGAGCAGAUUACCUCCUGAGUUCACUUCCAAAAUAUCCUGUGCCGUUAUGAUCUUAUUCAUAGACAACACAGCACAUUUACACUGGGACAUACUAUGGGCAGAUCAGAUUCAGCUACCCAGAAACAUGAUUGAAAACAGUAUGUUUGAGGAAGAGCCUGAUGUGGUUGACUUGGCAAAAGAGCCCUGUUUACACCCCCUGGAGCCUGAUGAAGUUGAGUAUGAACCAAGAAGCUCGCGGCUCUUAGUGCGUGGCCUUGGGGAGCAUGAAAUGGAUGAUGAUGAAGAGGAUUAUGAGUCAUCAGCUAAACUGCUGGGGAUGUCCUUCAUUAACAGAAGCUCGGGUCUCCGCAAUAACAUGUCUGUCUAUAGACAAAGUCCAGAUGGUUCUUGCUCAGUGCCCUCUAUGAGGACCGUGCUGGUUUGCACUGGUGUUCUUGUGAUUGCAGUUUCAGUGAUAAUGGUGAUUUAUCUUCUUCCCAAAUGUACCUUUACCAAAGAAGGCUGCCAUAAAAAAAAUCGUACUAUGGAACUGAUAUACCCUUUGGCAACCAAUGGAAAGCUGUUUCCAUGGGCAAAAAUAAGACUUCCUUCUGAUGUUGUACCCCUGCAUUAUGAUCUCAACUUGCAGCCAAACCUAACUACCCUGAAAUUUACAGGCUCUGUGAAAAUAGUGGUUAAUGUCACCCAAGUAACUAAGAAGAUUGUGCUUCACAGCUCAGGACUAAAUAUCACCAAGGCAACUAUUACUUCAUCAGGAGGAAGUCAAGAAAAGGCAGUUGAGUUGCUGGAAUAUCCGUUGCAUGAUCAGAUUGCAGUCAUAGCUCCUGAGUCUCUCCUUGCAGGACAGAAUUACACAGUCAACUUGGAAUAUUCAUCUAAUUUAUCAGAUACAUACUAUGGCUUUUACAAAAUUUCUUACAAGGAUGAGAAUUCUAAGCAAAAGUGGUUUGCUGCAACUCAGUUUGAGCCUCUUGCUGCAAGGUCUGCUUUUCCAUGCUUUGAUGAACCAGCACUUAAAGCUACUUUUUCAAUCAGAAUCAAGAGAGAUGAGAAACUUUCCACGCUGUCGAAUAUGCCAAAGAAAGCCACUACUCCUGUCACAAAGGGAAUUGUUCAGGAUGAAUUUUUUGUGAGUUUGAAGAUGAGCACCUACCUGGUAGCCUUUGUAGUUGCAGACUUGAAAAACAUCAGUAUGGAAACUAAUGGGAGUCUGGUAUCUGUCCAUGCCAUACCGCAGCAUAUAAACCAAGCAGAGUAUGCUCUAAACACAACAGUGAAACUUCUAGAAUUUUAUGAAAAGUACUUUUUAAUAGAUUACCCUCUUGAAAAAUUAGAUCUUGUAGCAAUUCCUGAUUUUCAGUCUGGUGCAAUGGAAAACUGGGGCUUGAUCACCUUCCGAGAAACAACACUCUUGUUCGACAAUAAUGCUUCUUCUGCAAGGGAUAAAAAGCUAAUAACUGCAGUGAUAGCUCACGAGCUUGCCCAUCAGUGGUUUGGCAAUCUAGUAACUAUGGAGUGGUGGAAUGAUCUCUGGCUGAAUGAAGGAUUUGCCACUUUCAUGGAGUACUUUGCAAUGGAGGAGGUUUUUCCAGAAUUACAUUCAGAUGAAGAUUUCCUGAAUCUAAUAUUCAAGGCUAUGAAGAAGGAUUCCUUGAAUUCUUCACAUCCAGUCUCUUCUGCUGUCCAGUCAUCAGAGCAAAUUGAAGAAAUGUUUGAUGCACUCUCUUACAUCAAGGGAGCUUCACUUCUGAUGAUGCUGAAGCAUUAUCUCACUAAAGAUGUUUUUCAAGCUGGCGUUGAGAUAUAUUUGCAUAAUCACAAGUAUGGAUCUGCCCAGAGUGAUGACUUGUGGGACAGCAUGAACGAGAUCACCAAUGGAACACUAGAUGUAAAAAAGUUAAUGAAAACUUGGAUUCUGCAUAAAGGAUUUCCUUUAGUGACUGUUAACCGAAAAGGAAAGGUCAUCUCAUUACAUCAGGAAAAAUUUUCAUAUCGUGUAGAACCAGAUAAUUGGACAUCAGACACGAGUUAUCUCUGGGAUAUUCCUCUCACCUACACGACUAACAGGUGCAACUUUACCCAUUGCAUUAAUGCAUAUUUACUGGACCAGAAAUCAGCUACCAUUGAACUUCCAGAAGAGGUGGAAUGGAUAAAAUUCAAUGUAGACAUGAAUGGUUAUUACAUAGUAAAUUAUGAUGAAGACUGGGAAACACUGAUUGAUCUGUUGAAAAAAAACCACACUUCUUUAAGUGCUAAAGACAGAGCCAAUUUGAUCAACAAUAUUUUCAGCCUUGCAAGUCUAGGAAGAGAGUCUCUGAAAAAGGCCUUUGAGCUGAUCGAUUACCUUGAGGAGGAGAGCAGCUCUGCACCUCUCACUCAAGCUUUGUUUCAGCUGGGUCUUAUUUUCAGCCUUCUAGAGAAAAGAGGAGAACAACAAUUGGCAGCACGUGUCAUGAACAGAAUAGAACGCCUGCUUGGCAAUAAAAUUGAUCAGCAGCUCUGGACAGAUGAUGGGACGUUAUCUGAACGAGAACUCCGGUCAAUGCUGCUAACUUUUGCGUGCACCCAUGAUAUAAGAAACUGUAGAAAAAAUGCAUCUGAGAUCUUUGAUAAGUGGAUGAAAUCAAAUGGAACAAUGAGUCUUCCUAGUGACCUUAUGAAAACCAUAUUUAUAACUGGAGCCAAAACUAAUGAUGGCUGGGAAUUCCUCCUAAAGAUGUACUCCUCUUCAGUUCCUGAAGCAGAGAAAAGCAAAAUGAUUGAAGCUUUGGCCAACACAGAAGAUGUCAGAAAGAUGAUGUGGUUAAUGCAGAACAGCCUUGAAGGAGAAGUCAUCAGGACACAGGAGCUUUCACAUAUCAUAGCAACUAUUAGCCACAGUUUGCCUGGACACUUGCUGGCCUGGGACUUUGUCAAAGAGAACUGGGAAAAACUUACACGGAAGUUUCAUCUAGGCUCAUACACUAUCCAGAAUAUCAUUAGCUCAUCAACUUCCCAGUUUGCAACGAAGGUGCAUCUACUUGAGGUGAAAACAUUUUUUGAGUCAAAAUCAGAAGAGAGCUCUAAACUGCGUUGUGUAAAAGAGGCAAUUGACACAAUUCAGCUUAAUAUCCAGUGGAUGGAGACGAACUUAGCAAAGCUACAGGAAUGGCUGUAGCACACAUAAUGUUGUAGUGUGCCAGCCAUUAGAAAUCUGUGGACAUUUGCUCCGUUUCUUUUGCAAAAGCCAGGAUGAAACCAGGCAUCGCUGCAACAUUGUUUGCACUAUUAGAGAGUCUAGAAAGCUCAGGGCAUGUCUCACAUAAAAUUUGAUUUCCCUUGAAGCAUUUAUGUGCAGGAUUAAGUAUUUAUUCUGAAACUGUUUUCAUCUGUAGACCAAACAUUUCCAUGAGUGAUGAUACAUAAUUUUUAUAUUUGAAACUUACACCCUUAAUUUGGAGUCGUGUUCCAGUUUCUCAUCAGUGGAAAUUAAUAAUUUUUUUUAAAUGUAAAAAUGCAGAUAGUUCCACAGAAAUUAAAGAACCUGUUUUGCAACAGAACCAUACUUAAGAUACCUAUUAGUGGACUGAACCAUAAAUGAUGUUGCUGUAUUAUCUGUGAGCAACUGCACAAAACUACCAUUGGAAGUGGCUGCAGGCUAGUUCAUCUGUUAAAGUGACUACUGAUUUCUCCACCUUUGACUGUUUGAUUUCAUUACUUGUUUCAGAGGUUCUGCAAUUAGUCAGUAUGUGCCAGCCACUUCAUUUGGAUAAGUUUAUACCUUUUUUUCCCCUUGCUUGUUACCUCCUAUAUUGCAGGACAAAUUGUGUACACUGUUUCUUGUUUUAACAUCUAGAAAUCUUCUCAUUGAGAUUUUAAUGGUUUCUUCUUACACUGUUGUGAAAAACCUUGUGAGACAAAUCUGCAAAUUCUUUAAAAGAAGGGGAUCUAAAAGCAGAGAUGUACCACAUUGGAAAGGCAGAAUACCAGUUGUGCAUUCUGUCUGUCUUUCAAAAGCAGUGAAAAAGGCCAUUUUUGAGGCGUCACAUAUACAUACAACACAUAGAAGAUUAAGCAUACUUGUUUAUGUGGAGAUGUGAUGAUGUUUUCAAAUGUUCAUUUCACUAUUGAUGCACCUUUUGUGGAUUCUUGCAAGCAGAUUCACCUGUUGUCUUAUUACAAGCCAAUUAAAUGAUCAGUUAUAAACUGCUGUGAAAGUGCUAACAGAAAUUGAAUUCGAACAAAACAAAUUUAAUUACCAGUAAAUUCUGAAGAAGAUAACAGUGAGAAUUUGUCACAGGUAAUUCAAACUGAAGGCUUUAAUUUAUGAAAUUGCAGCAUUGGCUUUACAGUUAAUUAGCAGAAAUAAUAAGCUAUGACUUGCUUAAACCAUGCUGUAUUUUUCCCAUCCUUUCAGAAUGAGAACUUUUUUCCUAGAAAAGAAAUCUCUCAUUUUUUCAUCAGCUCACAUUAAAAGUAACAUUUGCAGUUCUAACCUUGAAGUUAUCAGAAAGAAUGUUAGCUUUGAGAGUGCACAAACGAAUGUUUGCCCAAAAGGCCAGAAAUGAACAAUUUUCACAGGUACUUCAGAAGGAAUUGGUGGUUUGAGCACUGAAAGUAGGUCAUACCAUUCUACUUCCAUACAAGUUAUGCAAUUAGAUUUGUAAUUAAUUAUGUUCUUUUUUUUUUUUUUAGCCAAUCAUGUCUUGUAGUUUUCUUCAUUUAUUUUAAAUCUCUGUGCUCUCUGCAUAAAUGUUAUCUCCAUAUUUGUAUAUUUGUGUGUACUUAGUUUUGUUUUGCAGACCCUUCUCAAUGUUAAAUGCUUUCACUUUUCUAUCCUAUCAAACUUCUUUUUCUUCAGCUCUGAUUGGUACUGAGGCAUAUAAAUUUCAAAUGGAAACUAGAGGAAAAUUCCCUCUUCUUCCUGAUUUCUGCUGUAGGAUUUUUUUUUUGACAUUUUAUUCAGAUGCUGUACUGAUAAUUAGCUCUGUGCAAGGAAAUUGCAUGCAACUGAAUGUGAACUGUAUCAAGAGAGUGUGGAAGAUCAAAGAGAUUUUGGAGGGAUUUCUCAAUUUUUAUUUUACUAUUCUUUUUUGAAAAAUAAACAAUACUUUUAGUAUGUCAGUUUCAUAGGGUUUGAUAUCAUUUUAUGUCAUGUAGUCUAUAAAUUCAUUAAAAGUUGUACUGGAGUCUUUCUUUCAAGUGAAGUUCUUAAAUACACUCCUCUGUUUUUGAGAUUAUUGGAAACUGAUGAGGGUUAGAAUGGCAAAGGCAUGAGCAAUGAAUUGCCCUUUAAGAGUCACAUCUGCCAAGCCUUGCUGCAAAGAAUGAAAACUUACUAGUUCUUUGAAUUUUCUUUGGCUUCUGGUCAAAUGAAAAACAUAUUGUAGCCAGCAGCAACACUUUACUUAAUUUCCAUAGUAUUUUCUAGUUAAAAUUGCAGAGCUGAUGUUUUCUGUACAUUCUUAGGACACUCUUACUUUGCAGUAGAAGAGCUUUACUGUGCAAAGCUGUGCUGACACUGCGUCAUUUCCUGCAGUGUGAAAUGAUGGUGUUUAAUACAUAGGGAUUGCACAGUUUGUAUUUGGCUGGACUGUGUCAAUUACUGUCCUUGAAGCCAUUACGCACUGGUUGUUUUGUUACUUUCCAGUAUCCUCAGUUCCUGGUGAGUGGACUUUUAAGAACUUACUGUGGUGAAAAUCAAAUAUGCAUAUAAAUAUUUUUUACUUCUAUAAGUACAGCAAAAUAUUUUUCUGAUGUAAAAAUUGCCUACCAGGAAAAGUGCAAACAAGCAUUUGAGCCCUGGAGAAAGGUUUGAUCCCUCUGCCAGCUCACCUCCUUUUUUUUUUAAUUUAGAGAUGGAAAAAGUGCAAAUAAUGUAGGACAGAUCAUAAGACUCCUAAUGUAUGAGAAGAUGGUAACAUAUGGAAUGAAGAAGUUUAGAAUAAGCAUAGUUUUUUUCUGUGUAACUGAUCAUAGAGAUGAUUGUUGUGCCUUACAGCUUGUAAUUGAAGCAAUAUGCCAGACAGCGUAAACACCCUGUUCUCCUUUAGGAGCCAGCUGAGGUCUUAGAGGCUGAUGAGGCUCGAUUCUCUGAGCACAAUUCAACUCUGAGCUGAUGGGGAAGCAGAAUACCAUUUCUGAGGGUGCUGCCUUGUCAUACAGGUCGUUUUGUGGGUCAGUGAGGUAUGGUGGGGGGAGAACAACUGAGCAGUGUUGGCUUUUGUUGUGUCCUUUAAGUAUGAUAAAAACUGUACUUCAGCGUACAGAUUUUCCAAUUAUGGAACUGCCACGUAUGUAAACGUUUUGAAAAUAAUGUCACAGCAACUCCCAGUUAUUACAUUGCUGUCAAGAUUAAUCCUUAAACUUCCUUCUUAUCCACUCAUCUAUGGAUAUCCCUAACUUGAUUGAGAGCCAGCUUGCUUGGGCUGUUAAAUCUAUAUUAGUUGUUGGGCUUGACACUGAGAAGGUGUAGAAGGAUACUGUCUACCACAGGGAGAAGAAAUUUUAGAUCUUGAAGCUUUAGAAACUGAUUGUCCGUGUGUUGUAAGAGUGAGCUUGGAGGAAACAGAUGGUGCAACUAACUACUUCAUCUUGGUGGCCAGCAGAUACUGGAGGUGUAACUUUUAGAAUUCUUUUUAAGCAAACAUUUUGAGUCUAUCUUUCACCUGUUCUCCCUUUGGCAGAACAUUCCAUUUUAUGACACAGACUGUACCAUCCUUCCUUUGCUUUCCUGGAAGAUGGUGUCUUUGUUUGCACUCUGAAAUUCUAUUAAUGCUGCCUCAGUGACCAUUCUCACUUGAAUGCGCUUGCUGGGUUCAGUCAUGUACAUUUUAGCUCCUCACACAACUCUGAUCCUUGAGUCACGUAGUAUGCUCGGCCACACGCUGAACAUUCAUUGUUUGACAUUUACAGUAAAGUGCGUACAUACAAUGAUUUUGAAUAGUAAUAUUUGUGCUUAUUGCUUUCAUCAAGAUGCUACUAAAUGUUCAAAAAUUUUUGCUACUCUUUUCAAGGCAUGGAGUCACAUGGUUUCUAGAAAAAAAAUAUAUUUACCAUAUUAAACUCAGGUCAUAUUGCUGAAGAAUUUAAAUCUUUAAUUUUGCUGUGCUAUUUCAACCUGCUGUUGUAAUAGAGAUAUUGAUUUUUAUAUGUGAUAAUUCAACUUUGAUCCAGAACAGGAGACAGGUAUCUUUUCUGAAUUAGUAAUGGUGGCACAAAAACAAAUCAUAACACAAUCUUAAAGAUACAGCUGUUAAAAAACAUACUAGCUUGAAUGGAUUUAAACAAUCCAAUUUGAAUGGAUUUCUUAAAAACGAAGCAUAGAUUUUCUGUUCUAAGAUUUGGAGACUAGGAGAGUUUUGAAUAUAUGGCAUAAAACAACUUUCUACAAUGAGAACUGAGUCCUGUCUUUGUUAAGUCAAGGUUAAGUUAGGUAUCCCUGAAAAAUAUCUUGAGUUCAUUUGAAAUGCUAUGUAGUGUAGGUACUUGUAAAGGGUUGCUCUUUGUGUUUUAAACACUGUAGAAAUAUACAAGACAAUGUCAAUUCACAGGUGUCUGAACUGUGAGUGGUAAAACUGCAGGUUGUGAAAUACCUGCCUUCAAAUGGGGAUUCAAAUACUGUAUGUGUGCGUGUGUACGUAUAGAUAUAUAUAAAAUAUGCAAAGUCAUCUGUUUCAUUUGUAAAGGGAGAAAAAGCUGAUUUUCUUCAUAUUUCAGAGAAAUGUUUUUGCAUAUUACCAGCACUGAUUUGAAAGGCAUGUGUACUGCAAACACUAUUGCUUUUUGUGAGAUAGAAAUAAAGUAUUUCAAUAUAA